CAACACAAGUUGCACGCGCUCAUCGUUGUGUACUGAAAAGUAAAAAAAAAAAAAACACUGUCAAUUUGACAAAAAAGAAGACAAUCGUAACGUUUUAUACUUUCGACGAUAUUUUAUCCAUCAAGAAAAAUUGGGUGCGCACGAAUCUCUACAAAUGUUAAAAUUCGCUGUCUUCAAAGAUGUGAUACAUGAUUGGUGAUUUAGUGUUGAUGAAGUAAUGAUGGAGUAUAAGGAGAGGGAUACUGUAGUUAGACUGUAUGUGGGAGGUAAAUUCACCGGAUCUCUUCAAGUUGUGUCCUGUGACAGCAUCAACAACUUCUUCUUGCAGAACAGUCACAUUCAUUUGAAGUGGAGACUAGAUGUGGAGACAACUGACCAGUGUUAUUUUGAGAAUGUGAACUGCCUGUCUACCCAGCUAGAGACACUGAGUCGUGGCUGGUAUUACAAUAUAUGUCAGUUAAAGGCAUAUCAUUGUACGUCAAGAGUGAACAACCUGACAGCAUACUUGAAUGGUGAAGUUGCUAUAGUGAAGAUAGGAAGAGACCAGUUACUAUUGAUGCCAGACAACAAGAUAACUCAUAGACUGGGUAUACAAUCAUUAUCAAGUUCUAAUAUAGUUGGUCUACAUUGUAUCCAUAUGUCAAGGGAGUCCAAUCUGUCCAAAGCUGGUCAACUUUGUGAGAGAAAUUACACUAGAGAAGGGCAAAGAGGUGGAGAACACAGUCAGGGUGGUCAGUGUGAUCCCUAUACAAUUGGAUUCCAGACACAUCCUCCAGUUUCCAGUCUGCUGUCCAAAAUCACAGUAUCGUCAUUAUUCCAGAGCCAGUAUGAAGCCUAUGAUCAUGUUACCAUGGAGACAAGUUGUGCUAGAAUUGACCAUCAGUAUAUUGAAAGUAAGCUGGUAAAGGGACACAAUGAAACUAUGGAGCAUACUACAAAACAUGUAGAGAACACAGUUAGAGGAGAAAGUUUUGUUGAUGUAGAGAGAAACCAUGUCACUGUUGGAAAGACGGGCAGAAAUGAUGUAGGUGAAGAAACUCUACCAGACAGGAAGAGACACAAGUCGGAAAAUCACAGAGAAAAACAGGAAUUGAAUGAUAGAGAUGGUAGAAAACGACACAAAACUACAAGUGAUGCAUGUAGUAUUACCAGUAUAGAAUCAGAGACAGUAAGUAGUGUAGGUUCUGUACCUGAUAAACAUGGCAGUGGGCAUAAGAAACAUAAAUCAUCACAUAAACAUAAGUCUAAAAGAAAAGAUAAAUAUUCAAAGACUAGUGGAAAAGAGGAAAUGUCGGCUCACAGACACAAGUCAUCUGAUGACAACGUAAGAGAUGAAACAUUGAAACCUAGUAAAAAUAUAACCAAAAAUGUAUCAAACGUUAGUUGGAGGAAUGAUGCUGAAAACACGGAGAUUAAAAAUCAGGACAAACAAUUGAAGAAACCUGAAAAAGAAUCCAUUUUGUCAAAAUUGGAGUCCUCUAUGAAAUCUUUCAGGAAAAAUAUUAAAGAAAAAACUGAAGAAAAGAAAUCAAAAACGUCAGAAAAGCACAAAAAGAUAAGCAAGACAUCCCAGUGUGAUAAGCCCUCAGCUGGGCAUAAUAAACAUAAUGUUGAACAAGUGUUUUCCUCAAUGUUUUUUGGGCUUUCUAAAGAUCUUGGACGUAUUCCAAAAAAGAACAAAGCUAAAAGAGGAAAUCCAAAUUCUGUCAGUCCACAGGAAAGUGUAUCAGACAAAAGAAAGAAAUCUGAUGGCAAGAAAGAUAAGGUUAGUGAAAAGGAUGAGAGAAAGGAAUCUGUGAAGUCUGGGAAUAAACUUGAAAAUCUGCAGCUCAAAGAAUUAAAACAAAAGACUGGCAAAGAUUGUAUCAAGAACAACGAAAAGAAACCAGCAAAUGUAAAGGAGAUUUCUAAGAGAAGAUGUGAUGAUUAUCUUGACGUAGAGAUGUCAUAUGAAAGAGAUGAUGAUGUGGAAAUGUUAGAUAUGGUUGGAAGUGGAUUUGACAGACAAAAGAUGGUUAGAGAUGCUUUGUCAAUUGAAAGUUCAAAGAACAAGAUGGGAGAAGAAAAGGAAAAUAUCAUCCAAGGUUUAGGUGAUCAGGCUGAACAAGAUGUAAAGAGGAAAAAAAUGAAAGUAAAAUCUUUUAGAAGAUCUGUACGGGUGACAGAUAGUAAUCUGAAAAUAUCGCUACCAGUAGAAAUGGAGGGGAAGGGCAAAAUAGAACCACAACUAGAUUUACCAAAACUUGUGAAAUUUGCUUUCUAUGGGGAUGAGAUAAUGAGUGUAAUGUCAGCUGACAGCUUGAAGCUGUAUGAAAGCUGUCUAUCUAUCCAUGAUGCUACUCCUUCAUCCUGGACCAAAUAUGUUACCAAGAAAUGUGUUGAAGGCAGAAAGAAACAAAUCUAUACAGUAGAAAUAUUUAAUCCAGAACACAGUAAGACUGACAGCAAAAUUCACAGAAAGGUAACGAUCAGUGGUGGUAACAACAAAUCAGAUGGUAGAAGUUGUUUUAAUGACUUUACAAACAAGAUGAUGAUUGAAGUGCAGAAAGAGAAAUCUAAGGAUAGGGCUCCUAACAAUGAACAAGGCUGGUGUAAAAGAGAUAAUGAAAAUGUGAUGUUGAUACCAAAGCUGACUACAGUUGACUCAUUCUCAGAGGAUGAUGAUGAUGUACAUAGAAGUUGUGAUGUUGAGAAAUAUAUAGAGGGUAACAGAAGUGUAGACAUUGAAAAAGACAAGGAACUUAACAGAAGUUUAGAGAUAGAGAAAGGCACAAAUUCUAACAAAGAUUCCAAUUUUGAGAAACUUUCAGAUAUAAACAAAGGUUCUUACAUUGAGAGAGACAAACAAAUUGUGAAUGGUAAGAAAAUAGUACUCGACAAUGAUAAUGCAAUAGAUAAUACUUCAAAGGAAUACAAACUGGUUAACAAUGCCAAGGAUAGUGUUCAAAGUAUUAGUAAAGAGACUGGUAGUGACAAGAUGGCAAAUUUAAAUGAUGAUGACAAUGCUUUAAGUAACAAAGGUGAAGCUGUGCAGGAAACUGUCAAAAUAGAUAAUACAACAGAUCCUAGUAUUAACAAUCUUGGUAUUGUUACAACAAAUAUGGCAGCACCUACUAGUAGAUCCACUACAUCAUGUAUAAGCCAGGUGAAGACAAGAAGACCAUCUGGAAUGGAGAAUGAGAGCUCAAAAGAAGGAUCUAUAGUUUCCAAUAAAAGAGAAUCACAGGAUAGGAAGCGAAGCAGAUCAAAAGAAAGAAGCCAUGAUAGCAAGUCUAAGGAGAGGAGACGUAGCAUAUCAAAAAGUAGAGGCAGUCCAAGUAGGUCCAGAGAAAGACGUAGGCGGAGCAAAUCAAGGGAAAGAAGAAAGUCAAGCUCAUCUAGGGAUAGACUUAGGCGUAGUCAAUCAAGAGAAAGGCGUAGUCAAUCAAUUGAUAACAGAAUUGAUGCACCUGCUGAAAGUGAUAUUGGAAAAAGACUUUCCAAGAUAGCAUCAUCGGUGGUCAAGGAUAGUGACAAAGUGUCAAGUAAAAGUGAUAAACGAAGAGAGAGGCAGUAUCAUCCAUAUAAAAAGGACUCGAGACCCAGCAAGCGGCAUAUACCACAUUGGUCUUUUGAUCUGGCAUACAGUGACAUGAAUGAACUGCUACAAAACUUGACAGAAAACACAUUCAAGAAAAUAAACCGUAAACCUGCUAAUGUUGAUAGCCGUAAUAAAGUUGGAAGAAGAAGCUAUGGUAACAGGGGACGUUUUUCAAGUUUCCGCUUCAGAAGAUCAGCAGUUCUUAAAACACCACCUAGGGAAAUAUGCUACAGCUCUGAAGAUGAAGAGUAUAUGGUUCGUCCAGAUGAUAUACCGGAUCUUAAAGAAAGAGCUAAACAAGCUGAUGUACUGGAAAACUUCAUGGGCACAGGAGAAGACGAAAAAGAAUACUCUACAGAAAUGCUUAUCUAUGAAAAAGAAAUGACAGAAGACAGGAGGAUUGUUUGCAAUACUGGAAGAAGUACAGACCUUGUUAUUCCAGGUGGUCCCAGAACUGCAACCUACUCAGGUGUGGAAUUGAAAGAUGCUAAUGAUGAACUAGCCUUUGAUGGAAGUGUAAGACAUGUUGAGAACCAAGAUGUACAGAGCAGUCGGUCUUCAUUAGUAAUAGAAAGGAAAAAUACAUACUCAAACAACCUUAUCAAAUCUAAAAUGCUGGAAAUGAAAUCAACAAAAUCUAUUGAGAGCAAUGAAAAAGGAGGUAUGAGUGAGCUUGAUAAAAUAAACCCAGGUCAAGAUAAAAGUAAAGCUUCUGAUAGCAAUAAAUCAAGUGAAGUAACAGACACAGCUUUUCAGAAGGAGAAAGGUAUUAAAUCAAAAGAAGUGUUUCAUUUGGAAGAGAAGGAUAAAGUAUUCGUAUCACUUGAGUUGCAAAAUGAUUCCAUUGUUCCUCAAAGAAAUAAAUCAGGCAGUGAAGAUACAGAAGAAGAUAACAAUGCAGGUCAUAAAAGAAUUCUUCCGUCUGAUUCUGAUGUUUGUCUUGAUUGGACAGAUGAGGAAAAUGCUCUUGACAAUAAGGAUGAUGGUGCCGUGUUUGAUGAUUCAAGUGAUGUAGUGUCUGAAACAGGAGCUUCCAUGUGUUACAUUGUGAUAGAUACAGUUGGUGGGAGUGAUUCUGAGACAUCAGAACAAAUUGAUAUUGAUAAAUUAAAUAGUGCUAAAUCUGAAACAAUAUGUGAGGAUAAGAUGAAUAAACACAACUUGACAGAAGACCAUUCUGAAGUAGGAAAGUGUGUGAAGGAAUUGCUGGAUGGUAUGAUUGAUACUGUAUGCACAGAUAUUAAUGAAUCAGAUGUUGAAAACUCAUUUGAAACUAGUGAAUUUGAAAACAACUUAUGUGAUCUCCAUAGAUUUCCAAGUAAUACUGAUAAUGAUGAAACAACACUAACACAUAAUAUUUCAAAGUGUCCAAUUAAACAAUGCAAUGUUGUGUUAUCACCUCUUCAUAUUAAUGAAUAUAUGUAUGAAACCAUGGAAAAUAAGGGAGAGCUUUCUGAUCAAAAUAAAAUUGAAAUGUUUAAGGAAGACUCAUCAGUUGAUGAGUGUUCAAGUGGUACUUUACAACUAGAGCAAUGUAACAUAGAUGAAGAAAUAAAACUUGAGCAAAAUGACACAAAUAAACUUGUUACACAGAUUAUACAGGAUUGUAUUGCAGAAAUCGAAUCAAAUACUGCAGAAAUUGAGGUUCUUAAGGAAAAGAAUGAUAAUCUUGAAAUUGAGGAUCAGACACAGAAUUUUGAUGAAGGUAAAGGCAAAUGUGGACUGUUAAAUACUGUAACAGAGCCUUGUAAGGAUAUCCAAAAUUCCCCAUGUCUGUCUCUUGUAGAAUCGUUUGCUAGUCCUGAACAUUCACAUGAGUUUCCAAAGAAAGGUUCCAUUGAUGGUAGUAAGGUAGCUGAUCAACCAUUCCUUGGAAAAAAUAGUCAAAUGUUUGUUGAUGAUAAAAUCGUGUUAGAUGAGGCAGAAUGUGAUUUAGAAAAAUCUCAGGAAGAUAUGGAUUACUACUACUUUCAGAAAAAGAAUGAAUUGGUUAGACUGACUGAGAUGAAUAUGAACUGUUCAGAUUUAAUCAGUAGUGAUUCUGACGAUGUACCUGAUCUUGAAGAUAUAUUUGAUGAAGGGGACAAUGAAAAAGAUGACCAUGCUUUUAAUGAAUUUGAUGUUGAGGGUUGUAAGAUGGUAAAAAAUGAACUCACUGAAACAUUUGAAGCCAAGGACCAAUGUGAUAUUGCACCAAAAGAUGAAUCAGUGUUUGAUGAUCAAAGCAGCAAUAUAGAUUUAUCUAAGAAACGGCUGCAGGAUUUAUCUAAGACACAUCAGGAUGGUAUUUUAAUUACUGAAAAUAUCCAAUGUGAAAAUAUUUAUGAAAAUGGCAAUGUCAAGCAUGAAAUGGAUGAACAUAAAGAAGAAAUAAAAUCUUAUCACAAAAAUGACCCGCAAACAGAUGAUUUCGUUAGCUUAAGUCUAUCUACCUGUAAAAAUUCUUAUUUUGAAUCAGAUACUGAAAAUACCCAGUCAUCAAUUAGUGAUGUUCAUAGAGAAACUGAUAUUGAAGUCAAUAUUAGUGAGGAAAGUAAUGUUGACGGCAGUCAUUGUUCCCCUACUGAUGAAUCUGAAAUAGAUGUUGGUUAUAAACCAAGUCCAUUUGGCAAGUUUUUAUCUGCAAGUUCGUCUUCUGGUAUUAAUGAUGUUAUUGAAGCUCAUCAAAGUGUUCAAAUUUAUCAGAAAGGAAGUUUAUUCAGAGGUAUUGAUUAUGACAUGGGAAGCACUUCCAGCACAUGGGAAUAUCCCAUAUCAGAGCCAGACAAUGAUUAUUCUCAGAGUUCAAGUAUUUACCCCUCGCAGAUUGAUGACAAUGCAGUGUUUCAUAUCAAAGAUACUUUUGAUGAAGAAAUCGAUAAGGAUGAUUAUACCGAUGAUAUAUGUGAGUAUACGAAAAUGAAUAAUGACAUUCUUGAAGAGAAAGAAAGUGUGGGGAAUUCAAACACACUUCAGAAUUAUGAUGUAGAAAUUGAUAAGAAACAAAACUUGGAGACAGAAACUAUACAUAACUCAGAGGCGGGAACUGUACAAAACUUACAGAUAGAAACUGUCCAAAACUCAGAGGUUGAAACUGUCCAAAGCUCAGAGACAGAAACUGUCCAAAACUCAGAGGUUGAAACUGUCCAAAGCUCAGAGACAGAAACUGUCCAAAACUCAGAGGUUGAAACUGUCCAAAACUCGGAGACAGAAACUGCAGGGCAAGCACUUCAUCAUCAGGAUGAUUUAACUUAUUAUCAGGAGGCAUACAAUACUAGUUUAUUAAGACCAACACCUGUUCAUUCUCAACCAUGGCUCCCUUUAAAUAGACAUCCAUAUGACAUGUGGCUGCCAUACCCUAUGUGGCAACCUUUUCAAGGAGCCCAUUCACCAGCAAUAUCACCUUACAGAGCGCCAUCGUUAUUUCCAUAUGUACAUCCAAGCCAGCAGUCGCCUCUAUCACCUUUCAUUUGGAAUUCCAUUCCAAUGUAUACAUCAGGGCCAAGUUUUGUGAACUCUCCUGGUUAUUCACCUCCGUUUAUGAAUUACAUGUUAAAUGGCAACAGGCAGACUGUUUUAGAACAAGGGAAUCAAAGUGGUGCUGCAAGUAUACCACCCUGGAUAAUGUCGUCAGACAAUAUUACGCCUUACAUUCAAGAUCAAAACCCAGAUACAUACUAUCUCACAGAAUACACCAUUUCAAAAAUUUUUGAUCAAAAAUCUUCAUUUAGUAAGAAAACAACAUACUCAGAAGUUUCACCAAUGCUAAAAAAACUUGACUCUGAAAUAUCUUUGCCAAAAGACAGUCCUCCCAAAAGGGAGAUGAACCCAAGAAAAUUGCAAACCUUAUGUAAAGAAAAGAUAAAUUGUACUGCCAAAUAUGAUUUCAAUACUGAGAAUGAAAUUUCAAAAGACUCACAAAUAUCAAAUUCUGAUUCCAAAUUUUCACAAUUGCACAGAAAUGGUACAAUAGGUAGGGAUAUUUCAAGUACUUGUACUAAAAUUAAUAACAGACCCAAAAAUGCUGCAAGACAUGUCCAAUAUAAAAAGUCCUAUAAUGCUGGUGAAAAGGCUACUUUUAACAGUAGUUACAAAACAUGCAGUUCUUCAAAAGCUUUGAUCCCAGAUGAAAGUAAGGAAAUGAAGGAAACAAUUGAAGAAAAUGAGUCAUCAAAUAGUUCCAUAGACAGAAUCAAGGAUAUUUUCCAUCUGUUCAGAGUAGAUGAUGUGCAAAAAAGAGAGACAUUUGAUAAUUUUCCAAAAUCUCAAGAAUGCUGUAUUUCAGAGGAGCAAAAAGAAUUUAACGUCAAAGAUUUUGUCAUAAAAAAAGACAUACGUCGAAAACAAAAUGAGAGCAAUUCAACUAAAAGGCAUGGAGAAAGUAAUUGUAUAGGAGAGGCAAGCAAAUGUGUCAAGAGUAAAAAUAAGGUACAAAUUGAAAACUGUUCAGACAGAAUAGAAACAACAGAUGAGAUUUGUUCUAGUAAUGUAGGUAGAUCUGUUAAAUUUCAUAAUGUUGGUCAACUUAAAAAUACAAUAAAUACAACAACAGAUGUCACUGGUCCAAAACCAGCCAAUUGUCCCAGAACUAACUCUGAACCUGUGAUUCAUUCACGGGUAUUGCACAGUGUGGGCUACUUUCUAAAUUAUUUAAGAAAUGUGAAGUCUUCUGAGCCUGAAGUUAAAUCUUUAUCAAAGAAAGUAUAUAUGGAUGAAGUGUCAGCAGUUAACUGUAAAAGAGACAUGGAAGACAUUAACAUGUCUUCUACAAAUGUAGCUGUCACAUAUCAUGAUGACAUCAUUUAUGGAAACCCUAGUAAGAGAUUUCUAAAUUCUGCACAGAAAUAUGAUUCAAAUUCUGAAAAGGAAUGUUUAAUAUCAACUAACAAAAUUACCAAAUAUUCUGAUUUAAAAACCAGUGUGAAAUUAAAGGAGUAUGAAAAUGACAAAGCAACAACAGUAGAGGUAAAGAGAAAUUGUAUUGUUGAGGCGGAGGACAACUUUGAUGGUUUGAAAAAUCCUGUAGAAAAUACAAGUGGAGCAUUAGUUGAUGGUGAUAAGAAAAAUCUGAAUUAUACAGAAAAUACAGCGAUUGUUGUGAUAGGCAUGAAACCUGAUGAGUACAAAGUUCAUGAUACUGCUAUUUCUAUAAAUACAAAACUUGAAGAUAGAAACAUAGUUUCAAGUCAAUCAACUGUUUCAAGUCAGUCAACUGUUACUUUGAAGGAAAAUGAAAUAAUGAAAUCAGACAGAAAGGAAGGAGUAAAAGAGAUGAGGCAUCAUGGCCAUCGGAAAAACAGGAAUGCUAUGACUGGUAUUGGUCAAUUUCUGAACAAGCUAAAGAAAUCAGACACAAAAGAAGAGAAAUUGGUUAAACCUGAAAUGAAGCAAACAAGUUAUAGUUUGAUGGAGCAAAGAGGUAACAGAUGUUUUGUAGAACAAUGUAAACUUGUAGAGGUAAGGACAGACAGUAAAACUAAAGACAAAAAAUGUUCCAUGGCAGAGGAAAAUGAUAAAGGGAAUGACAGUUUCAAUUCUGAACUUGCAAACUUUUACAUGUCUAUUGGUGAAGAUACGGAAUCAGUAACAUUGAAUUCUAAAGUAGGGAACUCAAAUUUGUCAUCAAAUGCAAAUGAGUUUGACAGUAAAACUAUUGAAGAAAAUGAAAGAAAAAGUAUCAUUUGUGGAAAAGGAAAAAACAUUUGCAGUCAGGCAACAAAACAAGAGUCUAUAAAAGAGGUUCAGCUGCCUGAAACAGGACCAGUUUUUGGCAAAUCUUCCACUGCAAUAAAUACAGACAACAGUACAAUGAAAGAUAUUGAAGAUGUAAACAGCUGCAAAGUACCAGAAACAACAUUGGACCCCAGGAAGCUUUUUGUUGAUGAAUCAGCAAUUCAUUGUGAGAAAGACCUGAAGGAAGUAAAAGAUGUUUCUACAUGCAUGGAAACAACAGUGGAAAGUGUGAACGCUACAGCAAAAGAUAAUAUAUCUGGUAAUGAAUUGAACGAAUUACAUGAUAUUAGUGUAAAGCAAAUGAAGACUGGUGAGAGUUGUGUGGGAACUGGUUCUUUUUCUCACAGGUUGUGUAGUGUGGGCUUCAUUCAAGACAAAUCUGAACAUAAAAACACUUGUGAGGCAUGUUCAAAAUCAAACAAAUCUAUUUCUUCUCAUAGUUCAAAAGAAGAAUUAAGUUUUACAUUGGAGCAAGAAAAGACAACAUCUAUGAAAUCAAAAAGAAAUGAAGGUUUAAGGGAGACAAAAGCUAGUUGCAAAUGGAAAAAUAGAAAUUCAUUGAGUGGUAUUGGUCAAUUUCUUACCAAGCUAAAGUCUGCAGAAGAAAAGAAAAUUGUUUCAGAUAGUACAGAAAAAAAUGUCCAACAUAAUAUUUCUAGUUCUUUUUGUCUUGAACAAAGUAAACUUGAAGGAAGGAAAGAUGAACAACCUGUAAAUGAAUUAAAAAGAUCAUGCAGCCAAGAAGAAGUACAAAAGGACAAUUUUGUGUCUGAGCUUGAAAAUGUUUACACCGUUAUUGGUGAAAGUUUGGAAUCAGUUUCAUGCAAUUCAGAAGUUGGAUGUUCAAAGUCAAUAUCAAAACUGGUUGAGCCUUGCAGUAAAACAAAAGAUUCUGUCAACUUCGAAAGCGAUACAGUUACCUGCAAUGACUUGAAGACACAAGAGUCUGCACGAAAGUUUCAUCUGACUAAUACUAGACCCUAUGUAAUAAAAACUUCUAAAGCAGUAGAUACAGUCAACAUUAUAAUGAAAGCUGUGGAAGGUACAGAAAAAAACUAUAGCAAAAUACCAAAAACAGCAACCACAAGGGAUGUUUAUAUAGAAGGAGGAAGUGCUUCAGCCGUUCAUAGUGAAAUAAAUGAGUCUUCUCUUGAAGUAUAUGCAGAUGUUAUACAGCCUAUAGUUCCUGAUUCAUAUGAUGUAAGUGAUAAAGUAUUGAGUCCCAAUAAAAAUCUGUCAUCAUCAAAGAAAGAGGUAAGUUUAAGGUUGGAACAGUCAGAAUUGAAUGGUCAAACAAACAUUACAUACCCAAGAGUAGAAAGUAAUUUAAGUCAAAAUGACAACUUUGUUUCCUCUUAUUAUUUUGAGGACAUCGAAGAUAAUGAAGGGACAAACAUGAAAGAAUGCAAACCAUCACAUGUGAUUGAUUGCGUCACAGAGGAUUUAGAUAGGAGAAAUAAACUUGGAUAUACAUGUUUGUGGGUAAAUCAAAUUGUCCAACAAAGUGGAAAUGUAUCUUUUGUUGAAAUGACUGAUGAAAGUAUUAGUGGUUCAAAUUUAGGUUUGUUUUCUGGGAAUCAAACACCAAAGAAAGAUUCAUCAUUAUCUUCAAGGCAUUCAGUACACUCUGAAUCAUCAGUUGACAGCACAACUAAAACCAAUAGUUCAUGCAGUGAUUCCUUGACAUUGAUGAAAGAUAGAAGAAGAAAUACAGGCUUAUGUUCAUUGAGCAGUAAGCUACUUGAAAGUACAAGUAUAAGAAGCUCAGUGAGUGGCAGUCAAGGAAGAAGAAAAAUAAGGAAAAGUCAAAAGAUGUCUACUUCAUCACAACCGUCACCUUCCAGCUCACCAGAAGUUGGAGAUAAAACCAAUAAAAAACAACUUUUUACUUUCUCAAGAUGUAAUUGGUCAAAAAGAUCAUGUACAUUGAACAGCUCUUGUAAAGAUAGGCCAUGCCCUAUAAAAAGAUCGGAAGGAAAAGAGUGUUAUUCUUAUUCCUCCCAUGAUGGAAGUCUGAGAAGAGAAAGGACAAGGGGUCGUGGAUCGUCCAGCAGCAGUAGCAGCUCAUGUGAAAGCAGCAGUUUUAGUAGUGAUGUAAGUGAAAGCAGCAGUAUUAGUAGAGAUCGAAGUGAAAGUGAAAGCAGCAGUAUUAGUAGUGAUGGAAGUGAAAGCAGCAUUAUUAGUAGAAAUGGAAGUGAGAGCAGUAGUAUAAGUAGACAUGGAAGCAAAAGUAGGAGUUGCCACAAUGGAAUUAGCAAUGUAUGUGGACUCAAAGGAACAAAAGCCUGUUUACGUUUAAAGGACUUUGAAAAUGAUCUGUUAAGCAAAGAACAUCUGAAGAGGAAAUUAAUGCAUGUAAUGGAUAAAGAUCAAACAUUAGAAAAGAACGAAAGCACAAAAUCUGUUUUAGAUAUGCAUUCUAGAAAUAUCAAUGAAACUGGUUCUUCAUUAAACAAAUUCAGAGCAAGUGAGACUAUAAGAAAUACUGCUGAAGAAGGAAACUGUCGUAAAUUGAAAAGUGGAAAAUUGAACAGUCUAGGUGAUGAAGCCAAAGAUAGAAAGUUGCAGAAAAUUGUGUGUCUUACACCCAAUGUUUUGAACAUGUUGUUGAAAGUUGGAAUGGAAAUGUUUCUACAAAUACUGAACGAGAAUUCUACAGUACGAUAUGAAUGGUGCCUUGACAUCUUCACUGAUGAUAUCCAGAAACUUCAACUCGGUCAACAGGAAGAUGUUAGACAAAUGGAGAAACUUUACAAUAAUCUGAAAAUUGUACCAGAGAUGAACAGUUUAGAGAGCUAUCUGACAAUAAAACUGCAGUCUGCAAAUGUUCUAGAAAUAUUUGUUAUUGCAGAUGAGCCUUAUGGAGAUGAUAAUAUGAGAUCACUUGUAAAAUACAGCUGUAUGGAGACAUUCUUGGAGGAACAUUUAUCUUUUAUGUGACUCUUAGGAAAUAUGACUCAUCAUUCAACUUUUUGGACAAGUUUAUUGAAUUUUACGGAGCAUCACAAAAAUUUCCUAAAGGAGAGUAAACGAUUUCUGUAAUAAAACUGUAAUAGAUUGGUAAAAAGAAAGAGUGUAUUUAUUUUAAUGGACAUUUUAAAAGUUUUAUAUUGUUUGUGUGAGCUGGGAAGAUGUAAAAGCCUAAAGGAUAAAGAUUGUCGUACCACAUUGCACUGAGCAUGAAAAAUGACUGACGACAGUAAUACACUGGCUUUUAUGCUUUCUGUAAAAAGGCAUUUUUUAUACUAAACUAGUUUCAAAGAGAAGAAUUUAAGCUUUAAAAAGAAAUAUUUGGGACAAAAAAGUCUUGGUAAAUAUGGAUUUUGUAAAUAUUUUCGUACUGCUCUACGCCAUUUCCUUGACAAUAUUUGUGGCAACAAGUAAACAUUUGUCACACUCAGGGGGAACAGUCUUAUUCGCCAUAUAAAAUUUUUAUAUAAUGAUUAAUUUCAUGACCAUGUUCUGGAAGAAAAUUAAAUUUUCUCAGAUUAUUUUGUCACGAUCUAGGAAUGAUGUAGUUUAAUUGAGACCUUUUCAAGUCAUUGCAAGGUUGGUUUCAUUGGUCAUUCGUAUGUUUGAAAUAGUGAAUCGAUCUUUUUAAUGCAUAUUGGUUUGGACGAUAAGAAAAAUCAAAAUGAACGGAAAGCUGUACAUAAUCAUAGGGUGCUUUUCCUGUUCCUUUUUUACGUCUUCCCAGGUGUGAGGUACUGAAGGUAAAAUUAUCUUCUUUCCUUUCUUUUUUUCCCAAAGUCUGUAAAUUAUUUUGUGUUAACUGAGUGAUAGGAAUAUCCUGUGCAUAAUAGACUAUUAUUAUGACCACAUAACAUUUGUAUGAUAGAUGUAUGUACCUUAUAUGAGCAUAUAUCUUACUUAUGAUAUAUAUCGUCUGAAAAAAGCAUACCUCAUUUUGUAUAUGUCAUAAAACAUCAGAUAUAGACUUGUUUUGAAAGGUGACAUAUUAUAUCUUUGUGAUGUGAUUGUUUACAAAUAGCAUUUAUAACAUUUUGUUACUCUAAAAGAGUAUAUGUUUCAGUUUCUCUACUUGUUAUAGGGUUUGUAAGCGAACAGCAUGGAUCCUGAUCACACUGCGUGGAUGCGCAGGCUGGUCUGGAUCCAUGCUGGUCGCAAA